AUCAAUAUGCCGCAUCUGUUUCUGACAUUAUCUUCGUUGUCUGAGAUAUAACAUUUGAGAUAAAAUAGAUGUUCUAACCCAAGACACAUUACUCUACUCCCGAUCAUAGAAGGUUACAGGCAAAGUAGCGGUCGAAAUGAACACUGCCAUGAGGCUUUCGUGCCUUUUUUUGGCGUUGGCUGGCGCUUCCGCCUUCUCAAUUAAUUUGAGACAAAAUCCGGAGACUCUCUGCUUAGGCCAAGACAACUUCUUACGUAUCGCCAAUGUUGAUAGCUGCCAGUUGUAUUAUCAGUGCUAUGCUGGACGUUCAUAUCUAAUGCAAUGCCCCGAAGAGACGUGGUUUAAUGAAGAGAUACAGGUUUGUGACCGAUCGCCAAUUCCAAGGAGCUGUCGCGCAGAUGAAUCAGAGCCGGAAACAGAACCUGAGCCUGAAGAAGAACAAGAACCGGAACCUGAACCUGAAGAAGAACAAGAACCGGAACCUGAACCUGAGCCUGAAGAAGAACAAGAACCGGAACCAGAACCUGAAGAAGAACAAGAACCGGAACCAGAACCUGAAGAAGAACAAGAACCGAAACCAGAACCUGAAGAAGAACAAGAGCCGGAACCUGAACCUGAAGAAGAACCAGAACCGAAACCAGAACCUGAAGAAGAACAAGAGCCGGAACCUGAACCUGAAGAAGAACCAGAAAAUGGAGAGUCUGAGCCAGAAAUAGAGGAGCCUGAAGAAGAUCAAAAACCAGAGGAAUCUGAACCAGACCAAGAAGUUGAAGAACCGGAGCAAGAACAAGAAGAAGAGAAACCAGAACAAGAGCCAGAGGCCGAAGAACCAGAGCCAGAGGAAGAAGCUGAGCAACCCGAAGUAGACGAGGAGGCAGUGCCUGAAGAGGAUGCAGAUCAACAAAAUCCAGAAGAGUCUGAUCCUGAGGAUCAACUCCCCGAAGAGGAAAUUCCUGAGCAAGAACAAGAAGAAGAAGAAGAACAAGUAGGCGAAGAAAACGAAGGAGGCUCAGAAGAUGGAGAGGAAAUAAAAAGAUUAGGACGAAACGUUCAUAGACAAGAAGAACAAGAAGGAGAGGAGAAAGACUCUGAAGAAGCUGAACAUAAUCAUGAUCAUGACCACGGCCACAACCACGACCACCAACAUGACCACGACCACGAUCACGACCAUGAACACAAUCACGAUCACGACCACGGCCAUGGACAUGACCAUGCCCACGACCACGAUCAUGCCCACAACCACGAUCACGACCACGAACACGACGACAAUCAUGAUCACAGCCAUGACCACGGCCACGACCACGGUCACGGUCACGACCACGACCAUGAUCAUGAUCAUGAACACAAUCACGAUCACGAUCACGACCACGACCACGGCCAUGGCCAUGACCAUGCCCACGACCACGAUCACGACCACGAACACGACGACAAUCAUGAUCACAGCCACGAGCACGACCACGAUCAUGACCACGGCCACGACCAUGACCACGGCCACGACCACGACCACGACCAUGGCCAUGACCACGGCCACGACCACGACCACGACCACGGCCAUGACCACGACCACGACCACGGCCAUGAUCACGACCAUGAACACGACCAUGGCCAUGAUCACGACCAUGACCACGACCAUGGCCAUGAUCACGACCAUGACCACGACCAUGGCCAUGAUCACGACCAUGACCACGACCAUGGCCAAGAUGAGGGUUCCGGUUCAGAUAUUGAAAAGGAUUCUGUUGUGAAGUUUAUCAAAAGAAAACUUGAACAGAGUGGUGAUGGAAGUUUGGAGGAUAACGUUUGGAUAGAUGAAGUCAUUAUAGAUGAUGAGUGGGAUGUUGAAGGUGGUGUAGAUGGGGAACAAGAAGUAGAAAACCCAAUUGAAGCUCCAGAAGAUUUCAGAUGGGGAAAAAUUUUCAAAAGCUGGCUCGAUGGACAAGCUUAGGAAGGUGAAGAAAUUUCAAAAACAUAUCCAUUUUGGAGUGUAACUUUGAAAUGUAGGCAGCAGUAGGUGGUGACGUAGUCUGUAACCUUAACAUAAGUCGAUUAUUUAACUCACUUUGUGCAAUUUUGUAAAUAUUAACGUGGAUAUUGAAUAUAUUUAUUACUUAUCAUGUGA